ACUCAACACAAAGGCUUCACUGGUUGUCGAUCGUGCGGGCUUCAGAUCAAACCCAUCCGCCGCCCGUGGCUCGAUCGCUGCGCUUCUUCCUAGCUCGAUAUCGGCCGUGUGUGGUGGUGUGCCCAUGGAUCAGCCGCGCGUGCACCCGAACGCGGCGCCGCCGGGCAACGGCGACCUGGAGAUGGGACAUGACGGUGUGUACCCGCCGCUGCCGACGCAGCAGGGCCAGCCCGUGAGCCAGCAGCAGCGGCGCGGCGGGCCCGGGCCCAACAGCUGGGUGGGCAACGACGCCAACACGCUGCUGGUGGUGGCCACGCUCAUCACAACGCUCACGUACCAGCUCGGCACCAGCAUCCCCGGCGGCUACUGGCAGCAGGACGUCCCACGGUCGCUGCAGGACAGCACGGUGAUGUACCACGCCGGCGACCCCAUCAUGCGCGACCUGCACCGCCCCAGGUACUGGGUGUUCAUGGGGGCGAGCUGGGUGGGGUUCGCGAGCUCGAUGGUGAUGACGCUAUGCCUGCUGGUGCGGAUGGCCGUGGACUCGCGCCACGUGCGGUGGUCGUUCGUGGUGGCCUACUCCAGCCUGGUGCUCACCUUCGUGGUGUCGCAGCGGAGGACGCACCUGUCGCUGGACAUCCUCAUCUGGGUCGCCGUCCUCGCCUUCCUCUGGAUCAUCGUCAGCCUCCACCCGAACCGCCGCUCGCGCGUCAUCCAAGAGCUCUGCUGCAGCGGCCGCGGCCGCGGCGAUAACUGAAAAGUGAAAACUGAUUAGUUGGACCUCUUGCCCGACCCAAUUUAUCUCUUCCUUUGUGCUCUGUAUGCUCACCUCCACCCUGGCGGCUCAUCAACUGAUUAGUUGCUCACGAUAUUGGUGAUAUUAUUAUGGGCACGAAAGUCAGGGCUGUAUCGUGGGCGAUGGGAUAUUGGUGCUCUCAUGUGACGGGACAAUGACACUACAUCCCUUCGUCGACAUGGGGUUUCGAAGGCAUGCAUCCAUGGUCUCUGUCAUAGCUCGAUGAUGACGAGUUGUCUCACAAGGAGGGAUGAAAUGUUAUGGGUAAAAAAGCCAGGUUGCAUCAUGCUUGCUAUUUAAUUAGGAGAUAAGUCUAAGAUAAGUUGGAUUUGAUUUGGCUAGGAGAUUGGUUUGAUUUGGUUUCUAAUUUAGUAUGGGAUAAGUUUAGUAAGUUAGAAUUUGGAGUCGGUUUAGGAUCGUAAUCACCCUCAUUGGAAAAUUGGGGUAUCCA